GAGAGAGAGAGAGAGAAGAGGAGGAAGAAGAAGAUGGGAACGAAGGAAUGAAUCAACCAAGGGAGAAAGAAAGAUAUUUUUGUAUAAAACCUUUCUCUGUCUAGCUGUUAAGUAUCACUUCUUGUCCAAAAACAUAAAAAGAACACAGACUUGAGAGUGUGUUAGAGUCUUUUGAGAGAUCUACGGAGAUCUCUUCUCCCUUCAUCCUAGGACUCUUACUUCUUAUCUCUCUACCUACUUCAACUCUUAUCUCCAGAUUUUUCCAAGAAAUUUCAACUCUUCUUCUUCUCUUCAUCGAAAGACAAAACCAAAAACACUGUGGGGUUUGGUUACAUCUCUAGGUGUAAUAGAAGUAUGAAGAGCGGGAAGCAAUCACAACCGGAAAAGGGUUCUUCUAGGAUCUUGUCACUGACGAUUCUGUUUAUUGCAUUUUGCGGUUUCUCCUUCUAUCUUGGUGGUAUAUUUUGCUCUGAGAGACACAAGAUCGAAGUUAAAGAUGUCACAAGUACCACUACAAAGGCUGUAGCUGCCCCUAAAGAACCCACGGUGUCACCUAUUCAAGUCAAAUCCGUUUCUUUCCCGGAAUGCGGGUCAGAGUUCCAAGAUUACACGCCGUGUACCGAUCCAAAGAGGUGGAAGAAAUAUGGUACUCAUCGGUUAAGUUUCUUGGAGCGUCAUUGUCCUGCGGUUUAUGAAAAAAGUGAGUGUUUAAUUCCACCACCAGACGGGUAUAAACCGCCUAUAAGAUGGCCCAAGAGCCGAGAACAGUGUUGGUAUAGGAAUGUGCCUUAUGAUUGGAUCAAUAAGCAAAAAUCAAACCAGCAUUGGCUUAAGAAAGAAGGAGACAAGUUCCAUUUCCCGGGUGGUGGUACCAUGUUUCCUCGUGGAGUUAGUCACUAUGUUGAUUUGAUGCAAGAUCUGAUUCCCGAAAUGAAAGACGGAACAGUCAGGACCGCCAUUGAUACUGGCUGUGGGGUUGCGAGCUGGGGAGGUGAUCUAUUGGACCGUGGGAUCCUAUCACUCUCUCUUGCUCCAAGAGAUAACCAUGAAGCUCAGGUUCAGUUUGCUCUUGAACGUGGAAUUCCUGCGAUUCUCGGGAUUAUCUCUACGCAACGCCUUCCUUUUCCUUCAAAUGCAUUUGAUAUGGCUCAUUGCUCAAGAUGUCUUAUUCCCUGGACAGAAUUUGGUGGAAUCUAUUUGCUUGAGAUUCAUCGUAUAGUUAGACCUGGAGGUUUCUGGAUUCUCUCUGGUCCACCCGUGAACUAUAAUAGGAGAUGGCGUGGAUGGAACACGACCAUGGAAGAUCAGAAAUCUGACUACAACAAGCUUCAGUCACUUCUAACUUCCAUGUGUUUCAAGAAGUACGCCCAAAAAGAUGACAUAGCUGUGUGGCAGAAACUUUCAGACAAAUCUUGCUACGACAAAAUCGCAAAGAACAUGGAAGCUUACCCGCCCAAAUGUGACGACAGCAUAGAACCUGAUUCUGCUUGGUACACCCCUCUCCGUCCCUGCGUGGUUGCCCCGACCCCUAAAGUCAAGAAUUCCGGGCUUGGUUCAAUCCCAAAAUGGCCUCAGAGGUUAAACGUCGCGCCUGAGAGAAUCGGUGAUGUUCACGGAGGGAGCGCAAGUGGUUUGAAACACGAUGACGGUAAAUGGAAGAAUAGAGUUAAGCAUUACAAGAAAAUCUUACCAGCUCUUGGGACAGAUAAGAUAAGGAAUGUUAUGGAUAUGAACACUGUCUAUGGAGGUUUUGCUGCGGCUCUCAUCGAGGAUCCUGUUUGGGUCAUGAAUGUUGUCUCCUCGUACAGCGCAAAUUCGCUGCCUGUUGUCUUUGAUCGCGGUCUCAUCGGAACUUACCACGACUGGUGCGAAGCUUUCUCAACAUAUCCAAGAACAUAUGAUCUUCUUCACCUUGACAGCCUUUUUACCUUAGAGAGUCACAGGUGUGAGAUGAAGUACGUUCUGCUAGAGAUGGACCGGAUAUUGCGACCGAGUGGAUAUGUUAUAAUCCGAGAAUCGAGUUACUUCAUGGAUGCAAUCACAACAUUGGCAAAGGGGAUGAGAUGGAGUUGCCGGAGAGAAGAGACUGAGUAUGCCGUUAAAAGCGAGAAGAUUCUGGUUUGCCAGAAAAAGCUAUGGUUUUCUUCUAACCAAAACUCUUGAUAAGGCCACUGUAUCAAAGUUAAACUGGUUUGGUAUUCAUAGUGUACCUCUAUUGCAGCAGUUUACAGAGAGACAAAAGGAACUGUUCCUUUGAAUCCAAGAUAUAGCUAUAAACAGUUUACUGUCUUCUUUUUUGGUCUGUUUAACUUCUCGGGUAUUCCCAUUUCCCAGUAUAGAAUGAUAUUUAUAUUUUUUUAAUUA